AUGAUCAAGCUCGCAGUAUGUGCCCUCGCUCUUACCGUGGCUUCGGCCAACACAGACACGAGCUGGCUCAUCUUCAAAGCUAAGUAUAACAAAGCAUACAGUGGAGAUGAAGACAUCAUCCGUCGCUUCGUGUGGCAGUCCAACCUGAAAAAGAUUGAGGAACACAAUGAACUGUAUGCCCGAGGAAUCAAGAGCUACUACCUGGGAGAGAACAAAUACGCUGAUAUGACCACCGAUGAGUUCAACAGGAUAAUGAACGGCUUGAACGUACACAAAGAGCCAGGCAAAUACGUGAGUGGCCAGUACAAGGCUUACCUGCCCGACUCCGUGGACUGGAGGGAAAAAGGAUACGUCACACCGGUCAAGGACCAAGGAGCGUGUGGAUCUUGCUGGGCUUUCUCUACCACUGGAAGUCUCGAGGGUCAACAUUUCAAUUCUACUGGAAAACUGGUCAGCCUUUCCGAGUCUAACCUGGUCGACUGUUCGAGGAAAUGGGGCAACAAAGGCUGUGGAGGCGGUCUUAUGGUCUAUUCUUACCAGUACGUUAUGGACAACAAAGGUAUUGAUACCGAAAAGAGCUACCCAUACAGGUCAGCACCUCACGAUCCCUGCAAGUUCAAACGCGCUGAUGUCGGAGCCACACAGCAAGGCUACAAGAAUGUGACAAGCGGUAGUGAGGAUGCCUUGCAGAAGGCUGUUGUUGAGGUGGGUCCCAUUAGUGCUGCUAUUGACGCAAGUGAAGGUGGCUUUGCAUUUUACAGCGGUGGUGUGUAUGACGAGCCUAUGUGCAGCUCUACCAAUUUGGACCAUGCUGUUUUGGUUGUUGGAUACGGCAACCUAGGUGCGAAAGAUUACUGGCUCGUUAAGAAUAGGUCAGUCUGUUUAUUUUUCUUUUUUUUUGUUUCGUUCAUUUCUGUUGUUUGUUGAUAAUGUAGCGUGCAUUCGACCACCAAGAAAUAUUGCGAGGAAAACUCAAUUGGCGGGUCAAUAGCGGGUCAAUAGCGGGUCAAUAACACACACACACUCACACGCAUACAUCAUUUUGAGUACAUACAAAUACAUAAUGUAAUAUACAAAAUGCGAUCCGUAGGUUAACAAAAAUACAUGUCUAAAUAGAUAUACAGUCAAUUGCUGAAUUACAGGGACUUUACGUACGUCGCUUAUCACGUAUUUUACUGACACUGCUCGUAUCUGCAUAUGGCUGACCUUGUUAACAAACACCUCCACAGCGGCUGUUUAGAUAAUGACUCUCGUGGUCAAAACAAAGAGACUAUUACAUUUUUUAACAUACUAUUUUUUAAAGGGAAGAUUCUGAUAGCUGUGGCACAACCAAACCGAGGCUUGUAAAGACAACGAUCAAUCAAGGAUGCUGUCACUCAGAAUGACGGUAUUUGAUUUUUUAAAAGAUAGGACAUAUACAUGCUUUUUCGUCCCCUUUUAAGGCAAGAUUAGCACGUCAUCCAAAAUUUGUCCUUAUGAGCUAUUGAUAACAGACUUCAUGGUGCUAUACGUGUUGAAAAUAUUGUUCAAUUUAUUUACAAGGUCUUUAUCUUUCGAUGUUUGCAAUAAUCAGAUUUAACCUGAUAACAAAAAUAAAUUCUGGACAAGGGAAAAUGUAGUUAUUAAUUGAGUGGUAUUUUCCAGCUGACCAGAUAAAAGGUUAGCCCAAAGAAUUGUAACAAACUUUCCAAUUUUAUUAACAACAACAAAAAACCCAUUAAGAUAAACUAAAACCUAGAUCUGGUUUAUAUUUUUUGUAUUUAAUUUCUAUUGCUGUUGCAAACGAAGAAAAAUGGGAAAGUAUUUCAUCUCUAUACAGUAUACUUUUACUGUGAAGAUGUAUCACCAAAUGAAAUCGCGCCCAAAAGACCCGUGCUUUAUUUGCUCGGAAAUGCAGGAUAGAUGUCAGUAACCCCCCACCCCCCGACAAAAUAUAAAAUUAAAAAAAUAAUAAUAAAUGAAUAAAGAAAUAAAGAAAUAAACAACCAAAAAACCCAACAUUUCGAACGAAAGAUCCAUCUGGAAAUGGUCUGCAUGCUUUGAGAGGUUUGGGUUCAUAAAAAAAGAAGAGCUCGACUUCUAAAUCCCCAGCAACUCACUGAGCAACAACACGCUCUUGAAAAGUAAAAGGUUAACGAUUCUGUGUUCGAAGCACCCAAGAAAUUAAUACGGUUCGUGACAGUAACAAUGACAAUCUUUAUUCAUCUCGCAGGGAGACAUUUGUCGUGGUCGUUUACAAAGGCAGUGGGUGUUACAAAUUUUAGGUGCACUCACGCAUACGCAGAACAAGACAGGACAUUAGUAAAUACAUGUUUCUCGUGCUGAAACAAC